CAUUCUCAAAGCUCACCUGUAUUCUCGCCGAGACAUUGAUGUUACGUUAUUACGUUCGAUGAUCUGUUCCGUAAUGGGGAUGUUCUUUUCGCGCACAUCUCUGUCAAGUAACGUAUUUCUUUCUAGACCUUUCCCAGUUCUGCGUCGCGGUGAAGUUUCCAAUCCAGAAUGUCUGUCUUUUCCGUAACUCCCAAGGACGGGAACCCAGUCACUACUGAGGUCCUAGAUGCAACGUGCAAGAGCUUGGGGGUUCUAAUUCACGACGAUGAGAAGGAGGACUACAGAAAACUACUCGCUGUGUUUCACGAGGCCGCGGAGGAGUUGAUGGCAAUGCCAGACUUUGAUCCUCCCACAAACGUGAAAAAAUUCCCAAGGGAGCAGGUCCAUUUCCCGACGGAAGACCAGAAUCCGUAUGGGGCAUGGGCUUGGAAAUGUUCGAUCAGAGAUCCAAACAUUGCAGACGGCCCAUUGUCAGGAAAGCGUAUAGCAGUGAAAGAUAACAUUGCCGUGAAAGACGUGCCGAUGCUCCUAGGGACAAAUUUUAUCAAAAACUAUACUCCCAAAAUCGAUGCGACCGUCGUCACUCGAGUGCUCGAGGCGGGGGGUGAGAUUGUCGGCAAAGCUGUGUGCGAGAACAUGUGUCAUAGCGCAACUUCUCACUCUGCGGCGACGGGAAUUGUUGAGAAUCCGAGAGCCAAGGGUUACUCUUCAGGAGGCAGCUCAAGCGGAUGUGGAGUGCUGGUUUCCUUGGGUGAGGUGGAUAUGGCCAUAGGAGCGGAUCAGGGAGGGAGCGUCAGAAUCCCCGCAUGCAACUGUGGCAUUGUUGGCUUCAAACCCACGUUUGGAUUGAUACCAUACACUGGGUGUGGAUCUAAUGAAGCAUCAAAUGAUCAUCUAGGCCCUAUGACAAAGACUGUCAUGGAUUGUGCAACGCUCUUAAGUGUGAUCGCUGGACAAGAUGGCAUUGACGACAGAGGAUUUGCAGCACCAACUGCGCAACAGCUGCCCCAAUUCGCAGAGAAACUAAAAAAACUUUCGUCUCCCGACAGGCUCGACGGUCUGAAAGUUGGAGUCAUAGUAGAGUCUCUAUCUACGCCAGUCCUCGAUCCCAGAGUCAGAAAUACAUUUUGCAACGCCGCGAACAGACUGAGAGAAAUUGGUGCUUCGGUUGAGGACGUGGGUAUACCUAUUCACAAGAAAGGGACGGCAAUUUGGACGGGAGUUAGUAAAGUAGGUGGUUACCUCACCAAAUUGCACGGUUCUGUUGGACGACGCAGCUACAACAUGACGGACCUGAAUGCUUUGAUGCACCCAAUAACUCAAGCCAAUUGGGACGGAGCUUACGUGUCGACGAAGAACAUUUAUCUAAAUGGAGCCUAUGCAAUGACUGCAUUCCCUCAUCUGUUGGCAAAGUCCAUCAACCUUUCGAGAAUGCUUCGAGCUGCAUACGAUGAAGCAUUAAAGAAAUACGACGUUCUCAUCACUCCAACUCUGCCAUAUCUCGCCACACCACACGCGAAGACCGAUGGCACGCCUCUUGAGCAAAUCGGAACGCAAGUUGGAUUGACUAGCAACACGUGUCAAUUCAAUCAGACCGGCCAUCCAGCGCUGACACUGCCAUGCGGGUUACUCGAAAUUGAAAACGGACCCCUUGCCGGGACAGGAACAAAAUUGCCUGUCGGAUUGCAGAUAAUAGGCAAGUGGUGGGACGAGGAGACUGUGUUACGUGUGGCACACGCUUUUGAGAUAACUAACGACUGGGAGAAAUUGUAAAGUGUAAGCGAAUGAUUGUUGUACGGACCAUACAUAAGAGGAGUAUGUUGACGAAAGUAUGAGGGCUUCUUGGGUCACAAGCGGCAUUUAGAUUUGUUUGGUAUGAAUAGAGAUCUAAGAAAAAGCCCUUGCUCCUCUACU